UCGGAAAAUCUAAAAAUAACACAUAACAACCGCGCUUAAAAUGAACUUAUAGGACGUAACAUUCACUUGUCUUCCUUUCCUUAAAUAAUUCUUAAAUUCUAUAUCAGUUUGGAUAUAAUUACCUUCACUUCAUCAAUAGUAUACCAAAAGAAACAACAUGGAACAGGACAAUUCUUCAAUUUCAAUUGAUGCUUUACCAAUGGCACCAAGACAACCUUCAGAAAAUGAAAACAUAUCAGAAGAACAAUUAUCUCAAACUAAUAAUGAUGCUCAGGCACCACAGUCUGACACAGCUGAAGAUUUUGAGGAAAUUCCCGAACCACAUCCUGACUGGCAGUUUAAUAUAUUCCUUGAUCAAAUAGCAGAUGGUAUAACAACGGAGGAGUUUGAUAAAUUGAAACACCUUUGUCGAGGACACGGUGGAAUAAAUGAUGAAACAUUAAAAGAAAUGAAGUCGGUUCGUGAUCUCUUCAAUAUCAUGAGAACAAGAAGAUGGCUGAGUCGUGAAAAUCUCAUUUACCUGCAUGCAAUGUUGUAUAGACUAGGUAGAGUUGAUCUCAUCAAAGAUGGGGUUGAAUAUUCUAGAACUGUUGGGAACGUGAUUCAUUUCUAUCCCGCUUCCGCCCUACCAGAAAAUGGAUUCAAGUAUGUUAAAUUCCACGUUGAAGGGCGCAACUUUCGAAAUUGUACAACAAGUUAUGUGCAAAGCGUCCGCAACCGAAUUGCAGCUAUCUUGUUUAUUCCGGCGCAAUUUGUAAUAAUCGCUGGUGUUGAACCAUCAUCCAGUCUUCUGAUAACACUCAUGAUACCUGAAAAAUAUGUUACUAUUCUAGAAGGUCUGCUUGAAGAUCAUUUGUGCACCGCCGACAUGAAAGAGCUCGGUAUAGAUUAUGUGGAAAUAGACAAAACGUACAAUGUCGAAGAAGAAAGAGAAGCUGAGAUUACAGAAAAUGACCAACAGAAGAAAUUUGCUAGCCUAUAUCAACAACUUGAAGCAAAAUCAAAACAAUUAGAGGACAGUGAAACAGAACGUCUUCGACUCUCUGGUCAACUUUCAGAUAACAAGUCAAAGAUAACGGAACUUGAAGAAAAAAUCAAAAAGGACGAACUUGUUAUCAUGACACUUAAGUCAUCAGACGUGGAGAAGCUAGAGGACAAGGAGAACUAUGCAUCAUCUAGCCAGAAAGCAAUGCAAGACUUUGAGUGCGCCUUGAAGACAGUCAGCCAGCAUGACAAAGUUGAUAUAUAUACAUUGCUCUCCGCAAACACUAUAGUUGUCGCCAAUCGUCUGACAGAAAGAUUCGGUAUACGACAACGCCAGUUUGAAUUAGCACUUAACGAGUUACAGUCCCAAUUAUUACCACUCAAAUUUGAAUUAGAAAAACUUCGGUUUUUCGCGGAAAUUGAUAUAAAUGAGAUGGACAAGAUGCUGCUGGAAAGUUUUAAGAAGCUGAUGCAGUCCAUCGCAAAAGAAGUUUCCACAAUUCAUGUAGAAGUAAACGAAGAGAUUCUUCAGAUAUUAAGGAAAAUAAGCAAUUCACUGAGACCUCGCGAAAGAGAAACUCUUGUCAAGAAGUACACUUGGGACUCGGAUGACGAUCUUAAACGAACCAUCGACACGGACAGAACUUCACUUCUUGCUUGUAUCUUACUUAAGGAGAUUAACAAAACCCAGAAAUUAGUUGACGUUGGUAUAUUUAUUUCACAACGCUUAAUGGAUAUUGGUCGCGAUGAUCUUGCAAAGAAAUUUCAAGAUCUCAUGAGGGGCAAGCCAGGAACUGACGUGAAUCCAAAAUCGAGGCAAAAAACUUCACAGAAACGACGGUCAGGAUCGUUGUCAAGAACGUCAGAGAGAGAGUUCAACAGAGAUCAACCACCAGCAGAUCAUACACAGCUUCUCAACAAGGUCGCUGAACAAGUCCAGGAAAUACACGAUACUAUACAAAUGAACCAAAAAGCAUUUUCACAAGGUCACGGAUACACAAAGGGCUUUGGGUUAUCAUAUGACCCUCCACCGUAUUCACCUUUCCCUUUUUUCCAAUAAAAAAAGACAGAAGAAAUGUAAAAGAAACUUAAAAUUUAGAAAAAAGUGUUUUAUUCAUGUAUAUUUGCAAGUAAUUAAUGAUUUAAAUCAUAUAUUCAUGAGAAAUAUGGUUUUGGCUACAGUAAUAUUAUAGUUGUCAUUAGCAAUUUUUACAUUUUACAUUAAUAUAAUAAAAAGCUAUUUGUUGUAUUGAUUACUUUCCAUUUACUAUUAUAUCAAUCGCAAGUCGUAUUAGUUAAGGGGAGACAACAAGACUUAAUAAUAGUGGCGAAACAGAAGCUGUGUUUUGAACUGCAAUAUUGCGUUAAACUACUCACUAAAGUGAAUGUGCUACAUGUUAUGAAACAGACUAGAUCCAACGUGUAAAGCACAUCAGGUCAUGUUAUAAAUGGUAUCUGAACAUAUAGCAGAAAUAAGAUUUAGCUGUAAAUUUGCAGUAACCUGUUAAGAUGUUAGACCAUUAAAAUGAAAAUAAUAAUAAAUAAAAGAUAUUAUUUUUCAUGGCAUACAGUCGUUUUAAUGCCGCAAUAAGUUUUACUUAUUGUACGCAUUUUUUGUUAGUAUAUCAUUUAAAAAACUUUUUUUUUCUGACCGACAUGACAGCAUGUUUUUAAAUUUUUUGUUCCGUUGUGCCAUAUUUUUACACAUUCCAACUUUCAAAGUUGUGCCAUAUUUUUACAUGCUUUAAUACCUAUGCAAUUAAAAUUUAUAUAACUCUAUAAACCAUGACUUUGCCAUUUUAUGAUUGUCGUAUGAACGUGUUUAUUUUCUUUAUCUUUCUUUCGUUGUUCUGCCACAAUUCUACAUUCUGUUAAGCGUUAUUACAACAGGAACCUGUUAUCAGAUUUUAUUUUUGGAUCAUUGUUUGACAUGUAAACGCAUUGAAAUUAAAUAGGAGCAUUUGAAUUUAUUUUAUUUUUAAAAUGUUCGUUUUAUAAAUAGUAUAUUCAGAAUGCUCUUGCUUUAAAUUUGGAAACACAUUUUGAAUUUAUUUAACUGUAUGGUAUACAUUUACAUUAUUUGUUUGUAUUUCUAUUUAUGUCUUACUUGCAGUUAUGUAAGGAGAAAUAAUACUUUCAGACAUUUAUGAUAAAUGAGUGAUUCAUUUUGCGGAAUUGGUUAUCAUUUGCCCCUUUAAGUAUGUAUAGUAAUAAUUUUCAGCUGUUUUAUAACAGAAUAUUCUAUUCAUAUCAGCAAUUUUACAACUAAAUUUGAUUCGCUCCACUUUUAUUUAACUUUAUUUAACAAGCUUACUAUGAGGUCGAUGAAACAUAUAUAAUUGCCUUUUAUGAUGUAUUGUAUCAAUUGUUAUAUGUUACACUAACCUCUGGACAUAUUUAUCUUGUAACUAUACGUUUAUUUCACAAUGGUUAUAUGUUUUAUUAUCUUGUGCCUUACUUUUUUUUCUUUCAGAGAGUUUGCGAUUGUGUGGAAUAUGACGUAUCAGAAUUAAUUAACAUGUUCCUCGUAUCAGAAUUGAUUAACAUGUUCCUCAUUUAAAAUUAUGGAUCAAUAGUUAGAACUUUGAACCAUAUAUAUUUAAUAGAAAUGUAAAAGUGUUGUCGCUUCUUUAUGUUCGUGUGCGAGCGUGCUUGUCUUUUUUGUGCUUGUGCAAGCGCGAACAUUCAUUUGUUAGCGUGUUCUUAUUGUGCUUGAGUGAGCGAGCGCCUUGUUAUUUUGUACUUAUGUGAUUAUCUUAGUUAAGCAUGAACUUUAUCAACGAGGUGUUAUUUCUGAGCUAAAAAGCAGUUGUUUUAUAUAAAAGUAUACCUGGAAUAAAUGACACGGGACUAAUAAGACAUAAGUUUUGAUUCAAAUGAAUGAUCACAAUUUGAAUCUUAAUAAGGAUCAUAAUAGUAAGAACAUAAAGAAAUAUAAUAAAAGCAAUACGAAUUUAUAUAUAAACAUCCGUCGUCAGACAUACGAAUAUUAAUGGCAUUAUUGUUGUUACCAGUUGAUCUCAAACAUUUUUGCAUGAAAUAUGUUUUCUACUGCAUGUACUUUAAGUUCAGUCUAACGACCACAUAGGUUAUGGGGUUUUGGCAUUAAAGCCUUAUAUGUAGCCUGCGAAUCCAUAUGUUAAGUCAUAGUCAUAAAAAUCCAGACCGUCUGUACAGAUUUAUAACAACAUUUACUUUUACAAUCUUAAUUAUUUUGUUUGUAUUUUUAUUUUAAACGAUACAACUUCUUUUCAAAGAACAUGCCUCUAGAUGAUGCAAAUUAUUUCAAGGCAUUCAAAUUUGAGAGAAAUGUUUUAAGGCAUCAAGGAAAAUGAAAAGGUUCAAAAGUGUAGAAUAGAGAAAAUAAGAAUCCUAAAAAGAAAGUCCAAAACAAAUUAAUGGAAAAUGUUGCAGCCUCGGUUUAAUUGAGCUUGUUCAUGGACAAUAUUGUAAAGAGCUAACUACCAUUCUCGCCCAUCGCAACGGCUUAAGAAUCAAGACACAUUUUAUUUGUUAUAUGCGAUAAGUUACUGAUUUUACAGUAUGUAUCACCAUAUUUCUACUACGUGACUAACACAGUAAGGUCUUAAAUGCAUAGUUAUAUUCUCGUUUUAGUAACUAGUGUGGGUUGUUAGCCCUGUUUGCUAAUUGCAAAUUACUUUUUUCUUCACUUCACAUUUAUUGUUCACUUUAAAAUACAUUUUCAAAAUGUUCGGCAUUUAAAAUGAAUUUGGGGGCAUGCUGUUUUUAACUGUUUCGUGAAAAUAUUAUAACAUCUAAAAUGUACAGGCUUUGACAAAAAUAUGGUGUAGUACUUAACACUCUUAAAAAAACAGUGGAUUUUAAAGCAGCAUGCCUUCAUAUUCAUGAACAUGUACUUUAAAGAAUAAUACUGCUAAGUGAACAAAGAAAGUAAUUUACAAACGGCACUUCCAAUCUGCGUAAAUAACCAAAAAGAGUCAAAAUAUACAUAAUUUACUCUUACUGCGUUACUAACGCAGUAGAAUUAUAUUGAUUGAUACAGCAAAAUCAGUCAUUGACCGCACAUGACAUGUGUAUAAUUUAUCAAAUAUUGCAUCGUUUUACUUUACUUAAGAUCUUUAUACAUUUUUCUAAAGAUCGAAUUUCUUAAACAUUUUUGGUCAUCUGGAGGCCUGCAACUUUAAGAUGAAAAUCAAAAUUAACAUUUACUUCAUUUUACAAUAACCUGAAUUGUAUAUUACGAAGGUAAAUAUUGCUUGAUAAUGCAUUUGUUAGGUCCAAACUGAAAAGAUCAAUAACACCUGAUAAUUGAUUUUGUUGUUAAAAGCUGUUAUAUCAUCACUUUUCGCAGUUGCUUUUGUAUCUAACUAGUCUUGAUGCUCUCCGAUAACCCUGCGUUGAGUCUAUUGUCAUGUUGCCCUAUUUGUAACCGUCUUUGUUUUUCAUAUUUUACAAAAAAGAAGUUUUAAACUUGUUCUAUCGAAUUCUGCAUUUUGAAGUUUAUUAUUGUCAUUAUCAAUUCAAAUGUAAUUGUGUUGACUUAUUGAUUUAAGAAAUUUGGACUGUAAUGCACAUUGUAACUUUAUUUGUAUAAGUGAAAACCAGUUUUAAAGAAAUUUUUAUAUUAUUUCUUAAUGGAUAGAUCAUGUCUUAUUUUGCUUUCAUCACUUACAAGGAUAAAACUCGCAUACCAAUAAAUUACCUGGAAUCAAGA